GACGCACUCAAAAAAACUUGGUGUUCAGCAGUCUAUUCUUUUUUUAAGCUUGACGCUGUGACUGUCCAGUAUCUCGAUGGACGUCUAGUUCAUUUCUUCCCUUGCGGGGCACGCAAGUGCAAACUCCCUGCCGGGGGUGUCCGCCGCUUCCAGGACUCCAAGGAUAAGUCCUCGACUAUGAAUCUAAGGCACCACACCAAUGGCUGCUGGGGCAAAGAGGCAGUCGAUCAUGCAUUCAGUGGUGGAAAGGUAGUACAGGCCACGAGUGGAUCAGUUUUCUCGGCUUUUGCUCGAAAAGGACAACAACCUGUCCAUCAUACAUAUCGAAUGCACACGAGCAAUGAAGUUCGGGCAAAUCUCGUACGGUGGAUCACAGAGAAUAAUCGACCUGUGAAUAUAAUCAACGAUCGUGCACUUCGUGAUCUCCUGCUUUCUGGACGCCCUAAUAUCGAACUGCCAUCACAUUUUACAAUCUCUCGUGAUAUUUGGGCGUCAUUUGAAAAGUGCCAAGAACGCAUUGGUACGCUCUUGCAGGUAUGUGAUCACAUACUUCAUUGUAUAGAUCCGUCUUUUGUCAUUUGCAAUUAUCCAUUCAACUACCAAAGCACUCCCUAUCUGGCGUUCUCGCUGCAACAAGGCCGGUCUCAAAGCAAACCUUAUCCCACGAGACGUCGUCACACGGUGGAACUCCACACAUGA